AUGACCCCAGACAUGCGACCACUCUUCGUGCUCGCCGGCUUGCUGACAGCGGCCCUCUCAGAUCAGUCCCAGCCACAGAGCUCAGUGGAGCCUAGGGGGCUGCAGGACAUUCGGGCACUGGAGGCUUCGCACACCGGAGUUUCCAAAGCCCUGGAAGCUCAGCUGCCCCCUGCCCCUGAGCUGAGACUUGGUAUCCGAGAGCGGCCCCUCCUUUCUGGCCUCCAGCGUGGCCCCUGGGCUCUGCCCCCUGCGCCCAGCACAGGCUGGGGAUUCCCAACCCUCUCUGAGGUGAGAUGGGGACAGCCAGACACCAAAGCCCUCCCUGAAGAGGUCCGCAAAGCCUCGAAAUUCAGUCGCGAGAAGCCCUUGCCCUGCUGGUUCAUUGCAGGUCGUCCGUCUCCAGCCCCACCCGGCCAGCUCAACACCAGUAGUGCGGAGAGGGUGCCCUUGGAGCCAGGUGAGCAACCAGUCUUGUUGGGGAGGGGCACGACCCCGCUCCCCGCGCUAGAUCUCCAGACCGUCCUCCGGGCCCCAAGGCGACCCCUGGUUCCGGGCGCUAACCGGGUCUCUAACCCGACCAUCCACAACCCCCUCCCGCCCCCAGAGCACCGCGCCCUGCGGUUGGCGGACGGGGGCGGCCCCUGCGCCGGCCGCGUGGAGAUCUUGGAGCGCGGCCAGUGGGGAUCGGUGUGCGACGACGCGUGGGACCUGCAGGACGCCCACGUGGUGUGCCAGCAACUGGGCUGCGGCUGGGCGGUCCAGGCCCUGCCCGGCUUGCACUUCGCACCCGGCCGAGGGCCCAUCCACCGCGACCAGGUGAACUGCUCCGGGGCGGAGGCCUACCUGUGGGACUGCCCGGGGAGGCCGGGAGACCUCUACUGCGGCCACAAGGAAGACGCCGGUGUCGUGUGCUCAGAGCACCAGUCCUGGCGCCUGACCGGGGGCGCUGACGCCUGUGAGGGGCAGGUGGAGGUACAUUUCCGAGGGGUCUGGAGCACGGUGUGUGACAGCGAGUGGUACUCUUCAGAGGCCAAGGUGCUCUGCCAGACCUUGGGCUGUGGAACCGUGGUGGAGCGACCCAAGGGGCUGCCCCACGCCUUGUCAGGCAGGAUGUACUACUCUUGCAAGGGAGAGGAGACUACCCUCUCCAACUGCUCCUGGCGGUUCAACAACUCCAACCUCUGCAGCCAGUCCCUGGCUGCGCGGUGUUUUCUGACAGGUUCCCGGAGUUUGCUCAAUCUGUCCACGCCUGAAGUCCCUGCAGGCACUCCACCGGUCACUGUGGAAUCUUCUGUGACAGUGAAAACAGAGGACAAGGCAUCUCGGGAGCUGGUGCUCCUCAUCCCCUGCAUUGUCCUGGGGGUCCUCCUCCUCGGCUCUCUCGUCUCUAUCGUCUUUAUCCUUUUGAGAGUCAAAGGAAAAUACGCCCUCCCUGUAAUGGUGAACCACCAGCACCUGCCCACCACCCUCCCUGCAGGCAUCCAUAACUAUCACGCGGUCCCCAUCGCCGUCCCCAAAGAGGAAGUUCCCAAGGUGCCCAUUCAGGCUCGGGCCCCACCCCCCGAGGACUCAGACUCCAGCUCGGACACAGACUAUGAGCAUUAUGACUUCAGCGCCCAGCCUCCUGUGGCCCUGACCACCUUCUACAAUUCCCAGCGGCACCGGGUCACAGAGGAGGAAGCCCAGCAGAGAAGGUUCCAGAUGCCCUCCUUGGAGGAAGGACUUGAAGAGUUGCACGCCUCCCACGUCCCAGCAGCCAACCCCGGACACUCCGUGGCAGAACCCCCGUCCCUGGGCCCACAGUUUCACCCUAGGAGCACAAGUGGGUCCAGCACGUCCUCCGGGGAGCAUUACUGCAAUAGCCCCAGCAGCAAGCUGCCGCCACGGAACCCCCAGGUGUUUCCUUCAGAGAGAAGUCCCCUCCUGGAGCAGCCCCCAAACUUGGAGCUGGCCGGCUCCCAGGCCACUUACUCAGCAGGGCCGUCGGCGGAUGACAGCUCCAGCACCUCAUCCGGGGAAUGGUACCAGAACUUCCGGCCGCCACCCCAGCCCCCGCUGGAGGAGCAGUUUGGGUAUCCAGGGUCGCCCAGCCCCCAGCCUGACUCCACCGACAACGAGGACUACGAUGACAUCGGGGCGGUCUAG